AUGCAACAACCAAGCUCUGAUUAUUCUCCAGACCUGGUCAAAGAAACCUGCACCAGUGUGGAACCUCCAGACAGAGAAGCUGAUCUCCAUAAGGAAAAUCCUGCUUUGUCUAAAAGCAGCAGCCCAGAAGAUGUCUUCAGUUCCUCUGAAAAGCAGGCAGUACCAGUUUGUGUGGACACCACCUUGCCUCCAGGGGACUACAUUCUCAGACAAGGUUACACAGAGCCUUCACUUCUGAGGCUUCCUACAGAGGAGUGCAUUGGGUUCCACCAUGCGCCUUUCCAGUUCGACCGUCAUGCUCGCGCCAGAAUUUCCACUUCUCCAACUUUAAGGCGUCUAAGGAUGGCCUCUGCCUCACAAGCACUGUCAUUUCAGGACUGUUCUGACACAGCUCAGCUGGGGAAUCAGAAGGAAUACACUGGCUCUCUCCAUCACAUUUGUAAGAGCCCACCUCGGUGCAUUACAGUUUCUUCACUGUCACUGCCUUCCUGUGUCCAUGCAAAAUUAUUGUCAUCCAAAGCCAAGUCUGAGAGAACUGUAGCAGCUCCAGAGUCUGACCUACCCAGGUCAAAGCUUCCAAGCCAAGAGGAUCCUCUCAGCAAUGGCAGUCCCAAUGAGCCACCCAGAAACUCUUGGAGAGGCAACUCUGCUACAUUUCCUACAAGACUCCCCCGCCCAAGCCCUACACUUUGGGUAGGUGUCCAGGAGAGUGGACUGUCCAUGCAAAGAUCAGCGGAGCGCAGGCGUAGCUCCCUGGUGGUGAGUCUGCCGGGACUCGAGGUGUUCCCUGGAGACCUCCUGGUGUCAGACAGUGCCAUGGACUACCUGCCCUGCUCAUCCUUCCUGCUCAGUGCAGAGUCCAAAAAGUCAAAGUGGCCAUUUGCCAAAAGAGGAGUUGUGAGUAUUUUUACCAUUUUAUUUUUCCUUGCACUGACCUUGCUUUAUUCCACAACUAACCUGGGUAAAAACAGCUUCUUGACUUUCUUGCCCUUGGAGAAAGGCAGCCAGCAGAGUAAAUCUUGGCACGAAUUUAUGAAUGAGCAACAAACUGAGCAGAAAGAUGCCAACAGCCGGUUAGAAGUGAAAAAAGAAGCGGCAGUGUGGGAGCUUUUCACAAGCGAAUGCACAUACUUUCUGGAUCAUUUGCUGGUUCUCAAGACGAUAUUUAUGAACACUCUCAAAUACCUCCAGAGUAAUGAAUUUCUCUUGGACGUGGAUUUGUGGAGACUUUUCGCAAACUUAGAGGAGUUAAACAAGAUAAGUCUCAGUUUUCUGAAAAUGUUUUUUGAAACUGUGAAGAAGCAUGUCAGCAAGUCAGACUCUCCCAUGGAUUUCAGCUCCAUACUCAGAGCGUUUUUCCAGGGUGACCUCUGCCAGACACACCAGAUUUAUUGCCUUAAUUAUACCUCUGCUGUCUUCUACUUGGAAAAACUGAGACAGAGAGAAGAUUUUGGCAUCUACCUGAAGUGGUGUGAACAAAAUGAACAGUGCAAGAGGUUGCAUCUGCCAGAGCUGCUGGUUGCUCCUCUGCAUCGACUGACACGGUAUCCCCUCCUCCUCAACAACAUCUGGAAGAGGAGCACUAAUGAAACAGAGAAAAGUUUUAUCCAGUCACUUCAAGAGAAGGUGGAAAAAUCUAUAAGGGAUCUGGAAGGUAAAGUCAAGUGGUUGGACAACUUUCAGAAGUUCAGGCAGCUGCAAGAGGUCAUAAUUUGGCCUCAGGUCUGGGAUCGUGACAAAAGGUUCUUUGUCCCAGAGUGUUUGAAGCAAAACUUAAGAGAAAACACCAGUGAGAACAUUUUGUCUUCAGCAAACAGACUUCUCCUUCAUGAAGGGAGGCUGAUGCUAGCAGAAAGCACAAGACUCCUUGACGUCUAUCUCUUUUUAUUUGAUGAUUUCCUACUGAUUACCAAAAUUAAACGUAACAAAAAGAAAUAUGGAGGCUCAGACACCAGCUUAAUCCCUGUCUGUCCUUCCCUCACUCCUGAGCUGCAGUCCUUCAUAAGAGAGGGGGGAUUUUGCACAGUCCUAGACCAGCCCAUCCCACUAGACAGACUUGUACUGAAAAAUGUUGAACCCAUCCAAGUUACAGUCUUCAGCCUGCGAAAUGCUUUUCUAAUUCAGCAUGAGAACAGGUAUCGGCAGUGCAUAGCAGUCUUCUUGCUACAAGCUCAGACAGAAACUGCCAAGAAAGCAUGGAUGUCACAGAUAGAAACAGCAAUCUCCAAUUACACCACACAACAUCAAACCAAGAAAAGCACUGCUUUCUGCUUCCCUACUGAAUCCUCUGAAAUUUAA